GAGGGGCGCGGCCGGGGCUGCCUGCGCGCGCGCUAGGGACGCGACGGCCCGUGACGCCAUCUCCGGGGGACGCUGCCGGAGAGGCGUGUUACCCGCCAAGUGUGUCCGGAACCCCGGUUGCCCGCCCCCUCCCUGGAGCGCUCCACGAGGGGACGCCGGGCCGUCACGGCCGGCGGCAGCUCGGCCUCGACAGGUGGCCGCAAGUCCCGCCCCUGACCGGGGCCCCAGCACGCGCCGAGCUCCACCUCCCGCCUCGGGUGAACGCGGCACCUGCCGGCGGGCUGCACCCCUCCCCUCGCCUUGCCGCCCGCCGUUCUCGUUUUGAACCGGCCUCUCGCGGCGUACGCGGCUCUGCGCGUGCGCGGCGGGAGCUGCCGCGGUAGCUCCCUCGGCGGGCGGAGUGUGCGUCGCCGGGCGGCUUCGUGCCCUCGCGGAGGUGGCGGACCCUGACAGCCUGUCGCCGGCCUUGCCACGUCUUCGCCCUCCCUUCACCCGCCGCAGCGGCCGCGAAGAUCAGGUUGAUGAAACACUGAAACUGGUUGUCCCCAAAGAUGAUGAAAUUUCUUUUGUUGAGGAAAAAUGACUACCCCAAACAAGACACCACCUGGUGCUGACCCAAAGCAGUUAGAGAGGACUGGUACUGUUAGAGAAAUAGGCUCGCAAGCAGUUUGGUCUCUUUCAUCCUGUAAGCCAGGAUUUGGAGUGGAUCAGUUACGAGAUGAUAAUCUAGAAACUUACUGGCAGUCAGAUGGAUCACAGCCUCAUUUGGUGAACAUUCAAUUUAGAAGAAAAACAACAGUGAAGACGUUAUGUAUUUAUGCAGACUACAAAUCUGAUGAAAGUUACACUCCGAGCAAAAUAUCUGUCAGAGUAGGAAAUAAUUUUCAUAAUCUCCAGGAAAUCCGGCAACUUGAAUUAGUGGAACCAAGCGGCUGGAUUCAUGUUCCUUUAACAGAUACCCAUAAGAAGCCUAUUCGCACGUUUAUGAUUCAGAUUGCUGUUCUAGCUAAUCACCAAAAUGGAAGAGACACUCACAUGAGACAAAUCAAAGUGUACACCCCAGUGGAAGAGAGCUCUAUUGGUAAAUUUCCCAGAUGUACCACAAUUGAUUUCAUGAUGUAUCGCUCUAUAAGAUAAAAUUUCUUAAUGAGAAAUAAUAAAGACAUUUGUUUGGUGAUGGUAUCAUUGCAUAAGUAUUCAGAGCAGGGUUUACUUCAGUGUAAUUAUAUUUUUAUGUUUAUACUUUGUAUGAUUUUGAAAUAAAGGUAAGCUCGUAUUACAGUA